CAAAAAAUAAUUCGUUUGUGAAAUUGUGAAAUAAUUCGAUUGCAGCACAAAAAUGUAUAAAUUUUACUAUCAGACUCAUCCAGCGAUGGUAUUCUUGUUAUAUUUUGCCAUUUAUUUAUUCCUUUUGCUUGUAAUCGGUGAGAUAAUCACCCAAAUGGCGAAGACAACCAGUUAUAAAGCAAUUGCACAAAUAUUAGUGACCAUAUUGACGGUGAUAAUGCUCGUCACUGGAUCGGAUAUAACAAUUUUCUUUGAAAUAAAUCCCAUGCAUCUAAUCACGAUAUUCUACCCGCCGAUUGUGUUGAAGAUUGUCUACGAACUGGAUCUGAGCAUCUUUCGUGAGCACUUAUCAUUUUCGGUUGCGUAUGCAAUCUUAAUGUCGGCUGCGUUUAGUACAUGCCUUGGAUUCGCCAUGUUGCUCUUGACUGGUGCAAAGUGGUCAUUGAUGCUUGUGCCUAUCUAUGGUUUUGCUCUGGGUUCCAUUGACUAUCUGGAUUCGACGGUAAGCGUUUUGAAUUUGACCAGUUAUAAAAGUCUCCUCUUGGUGCUCAUACAAGUUGAGAGCGUGAUUGGCGCGGAAGUAUGCUAUACAAGUAUGCAGAUUUCGGUGGCUAUCAUGAGUGGAUCCCUUUCGUCGUGGUAUCAAGUAGUCACAUUCUAUUUACGGAAAUACAUCGGCGGGAUGGUGCUGGGUUUCAUUGCGGGGAGGAUAUUGCAGUGUGUGAUUGAACUUUUCUUGGACAACGUACACAAUAUGGCUUUGUUUAUCAUCUUGACUCCGAUAAGUGUUUUCUUCAUUGGCGAGCAUGUGUUCUAUGUGUCUAGCGGUGUUGCUGUGCUGAUCUAUGCGUAUUAUUUCGCUAUGUACAAGACACGCAUUCCGAUCAAGGUAAGCAGGAAUCUGGAUAGGAUAAACUCAAGUAUUUCGAGGAUUGCACAGUCGUUGUUGAUAUAUUUCGCUGCGGUGCCCCUGGUGGUGCGUACAAUACAACAUUUUGACAUUGGUAUGCUUAUGGAAUACCUGGGCCUUUUUAUUAUGGUGGUAUGUCUACGUUUCAUACUUUUGCUCUGCUUUAUUCCGGCGUUUAACUUCACCAAACGCACGCACAUUGUGUCGAAUGUUAUAUUUAUGAUUUUGUUUGCGAAACGGGGACCUGUACAAAUGGUGUACUUUCUCAUGAUACUCAGCGAUAGUAAUGCCUACCGAAUGGGAUGCUUCUGUGCCCCGCAUACGUAUUUUUUGAUAACCAUAUCGCUGUUGAUAAAUCCUGAGAUGCUGGCAUUGAUGGCACUGAUUUUUGGAGUCAAUAAAAAGGAACUGGAUAAUUAUAAUAUCGCGACGUGCUUGAAAAAAUUCGAAGAAGUUGAGUCUAAUUUUGUAUCAAUGCUGCGGAUGAAUACUGGCUAUGCGGACGUCAAUUGGAAGUUUGUGCUGCGCACAAUGAAGCUGUCUUUGCUUGUUAACGAUGGCAUCAAAAAUCAACCGGAACCCUAUGAAUCAAGACAAUCCUAUUGCAAAACAUGCAAGAAAGUUGUGAUUUUUGAGCCUACGCGCAAGAAAUAUAAUCUGUUGAUGAUUGAAGCCAAGAAGACCAUUAACUUGGCGCAUAAAAGGUCGUUUGUAACACAAUAUGAAACGGGACGGUUUCAGAAACAUGUUAUUACUAUUUUGCUCAAUUUUGUGGAGUAUUCUAUGGCAUCACCAGAUUUAUCAUUGGACCCCAUGUUGUUUAAACAUUUUAUUCACAAAGAGACUAUGAUUUUUAAAAUUAAGUCUUGCAUGAAUAAAAUUGACCUAGAUACGACUUUGCAUAGACCGCGGAAACAAUGGCGAAAUUUUUUCUUCAAGAUUGUCGUACAUUUUGUGUACGAAUGGGUGCUGAUGAUUGUACUCUUGUGUAGUAUUACAUUGAUGAUUAUGGAUAUAUUCAAGGAAGGAAAAAAUGAGAUGAUUUUUAUAUUGAAGUGUGUCGUGGCGUUCAUCUUCUUUUCUGAUUUUGUUUUGAAGAUUAUUUCAUAUUCACAUAUUCUUUUCGUUCAAGCGUUUCAACGAUACUUCAAAAACGUUUGGGAUCAAUUUGAUUUUUUGGUGAUGAUUAUCCUCUGCUUGGACAUUGUUCUUGUGCACUAUAUUUCCAAUUUAGAAAAAUCCCUCCCUCAGAAGAUGUUAUUCUAUACGGUAAAGUCUGUGGUGGCUAUACAGGUGUUUAAAAUCGCCAAAGUUAUGUUUAUACUGAAGCGUUUCGAAAAUGUUAUUAUGAAAUUUCUUGACAAGUGGAUUGGACUACGGAUUAUGCUUGCUGUGGAUAUUGGAGAAGCAAUGAUUAGAAGUUAUGACGAAGUAAUUCAUGCUAUGCCAAAAUUAGUAGAAAAUGAAAGUAUUUGCGCGGAACUAACACAAAAAGCUAAAAAUGAUAGAAUUAUUAUCAAAUCACAGUUAAUUAAUCGCACCGCCGAAAGGGAUUGGGUUAUGGUGACGUGUAAGACGCGUUUGGUGAUUCGCAAUUGCUUCUUUGCAAUGAAACGUAAAAUAUUUGAAAUGUGGACUCAAGGUAAAAUUUAUACCCGAAUCAAUAUCAAAUUAAUUCUACACAAUUUAGGUUACAUUGACGAUUUUGAACAUGCGAAAUUAAAACAAUCGCAAGAAAUAGGUCUGCAAAAUUUUCUCAAGCUGAAAACAAUCCAAAAACAAACUGAUGAAGAAGCUGUUUUCAAUUUAGGAUUCAUGCUAAACGAUAGCAUAAGAUAUUUUUGUUAUGUUAACUCGUUUAAAAUCAAGUUUGAAAAAAAUGAUGUAAUCAUGCGUGUAGGCAACACCAUCGAUAGUUUGAUGAUUAUGACGAGCGGUCUGGUGAGAGUCGUGUAUGAACCAACUGAUGUUGAGUUAUACGCUCAUUGUGGCGCACUUCCGGGUAUUGACGAUAUUGGUGAAGAUACCUUAUUUCAGCCAAAGAGUUAUUUCAUGAUGUGUGGCAGUCAAUUUGGCGAUAUGGGUGUUUUAACGCAAAGACCUUAUCACUGUCACGUUGUUGCUUUGGAGACUAGUGAAUUUAUUAUUAUUCCAAUAGAAAUAAUACGUAAAGCAGCUAGAAGAUUGACUGAUGAUUCAGCUGGUGUGCAUUCCUUAAUGUGGACACAUUUUACUCUGAAACUUAUCAAUGGGAUAUUAUGGAAAACUAAACCGUUUUUGAGCUGGACAGAGGAGGAAAUAAUGGGGCACACUGUAAAGGGCUUUUUCCCCGAUCUUACAGAUUGCAGUUCGUUUGAACGUCCUCGUUCAGUCGAAGAUAUAAUUAUCGUCGAAGGAAUCGCUCAAGAUGCGAUUUCUUCAGUGAAAUUUAUCGCACCGUGUCAUUUACCGCGUCAUGUUCAGUUUAUAAAUUUGAUUCGGAAAGACAAGUAUAUGGUGAAUCCGCAACUAUUUUUCAUUCCAUUAGAUGCUUCACUUUAUGAUUCGAUAAUGACGACUUUUAAAUCCACGUUUAAAAAAAGGGAUGAUUAUGAUAAGGAAUGGACGCAUGGUCUUGGUCACCAUGCAGGUGUUACCGUUCGUGAGGCGAAAGGUGGUGGUAUUAUGCUAUCUUCGGGAACACUUCCAAAGUAUGGUGAUGACUGGAUGAGAUUGUUUUAUAAUACGGCUACUACCAAAGUGGAUUAUGCUUGCCGCGUACAAUCUCAAUCUAGUAUAAGAGCUUUCCCGCUACUUUCAGCGCCUGGAAACAAAGGUCUUGAAUAUAUUUGGGAGGUUAAAUCAUUUGAAAAAGAUUCGGAUCCAGAUAAAUCUGAUAGUCCUGUUGUGAAAAGACGCCGGUUUUCUUAAACGGAUAUUACGUAUCUAUUAUUUUGUUCUCAAUGUUUAAUUAUUAAGUAAAUAAAAAUAUUUUUCGUUAUUAUGUCAUAAUGAAAAAAUAUUUACACAGCGACAGAUCGGAUGCGCUAAUUCGGACGCGGAAUUAACGCACGAAUGGAAAAUUAAUGCCAAACAAAACACUGCCGCCCAUCUAAAGUAUGUGUAAACGCACGAGCCGCAAAUCAAAUUGUGUAAACAAAGGUUGCGUCAAGGAAAUUGAGCCGUAAAUUAUCAUCGAUCGCUUGCGCUUCCGCGCGCAGCACUUGUUUGCCGGCGGAUUCGUCUUUUUUCUGCGUGGAAUCGUUUGAUUGUGGAAAAAUUUGCACUUUGGUUGACGUCAGUCAAUCAAUGCAAAUUAAUUGACAUGAAAAGA